GUUUGUCCGUCAAUACCAGAAACACAUUGCUUUGUCAUCUUCUCUUCUCACGUUUAUAUCAAGCAUUUCAUUUUCAGGAUUUUGGGGACAUCAAUUACCAAAAAAGCUUUUUCACCACCAUUAAGACAUGUUUUUAGAUCUCUCUUUAUUCUAAAGAUUUUGAUUUGGGUAUUUGGUUUUGGAGGUGGGUGUGGCGGAGAAUAAAAAGCUUCGCAUCCCAAUCUUGACAUAAAACCCUCUUACAAAUACAAAUCAGAAGAGGACGACAUUAACGAGAGAGAGAAGCUUUUUCCCAUAAGCACCCUCUUCUUCUCUCUCGCCAUGAUGUCCUUGAACGCUUCUUCCUCUUUUCUGAAGAACUCCUUUUCUGGAGCUUCGAGGACGCAAUCACAGUCGCUGAGUUUACCGGCGAGUUGUCAUCGUCGUGUGAUGGUGGUGGCUAUGGUGAACUCUAAUGGUCGCCCGGAGAGAAACGUCAGCGUUUCGGUGGAUAGUGUUGUUAAGGAGGUGAAUGGUCCGGUGGCGGUUGAAGUGGUGGAGUCUGAUUCUAAAAAACCGACGGCGGUGGGUGUCGGUGGUGGGGUUGAAGACGUGUACGGCGAGGAUAGUGCCACCGAAGAUCAUUUCAUUACUCCAUGGUCUGUUUCUGUCGCUAGUGGGUACUCGUUGUUACGAGACCCACAUCACAACAAAGGUCUGGCCUUUACUGUGAAGGAGCGAGAUGCCCAUUACUUACGUGGUCUUCUUCCUCCCGUUGUUGUCAAUCAAGAUCUUCAGGUAAAAAAGAUGAUGCACAAUAUGCGCCAAUAUCAAGUCCCUCUGCAACGGUACCAAGCCAUGAUGGAUCUUCAGGAGAGAAACGAGAGGUUAUUCUACAAGCUACUUAUUGAAAAUGUUGAGGAACUCUUACCAAUUGUAUAUACUCCGACCGUUGGUGAAGCUUGCCAAAAAUACGGGAGCAUCUUCAAGACCCCACAGGGUCUAUUUAUCAGUUUAAAUGAUAAGGGGAAGAUCCUCGAGAUUUUAAAGAAUUGGCCUCAAAAAAAGAUUCAAGUUAUAGUGGUCACGGAUGGUGAGCGAAUCUUAGGGCUAGGAGACCUUGGCUGCCAGGGAAUGGGGAUACCUGUAGGAAAGCUCUCUCUUUAUACAGCUCUUGGAGGAAUUCGUCCUUCAGCCUGUUUGCCAAUAACCAUUGAUGUGGGCACGAACAAUGAGAAGAUGUUGAAUGACGAAUUCUACAUUGGUCUGAGGCGAAGGAGAGCAAGUGGGCAGGAGUAUGCUGAGCUUAUGAAUGAGUUCAUGUCUGCCGUCAAGCAAAAUUAUGGGGAGAAGGUCCUCGUUCAGUUCGAAGAUUUUGCUAACCACAACGCCUUUGAUCUUCUUGCAAAGUAUAGCACUACCCAUCUUGUUUUUAACGAUGAUAUACAGGGGACGGCAUCGGUGGUACUCGCAGGGCUUAUUUCUGCACUGAAAUUAGUUGGUGGAUCCUUGGCGGACCAUAGAUUUCUAUUCCUUGGAGCUGGAGAGGCUGGCACGGGCAUUGCUGAACUCAUAGCUCUUGAGAUAUCAAAACAGACAAACGCUCCAUUAGAAGAGACCCGCAAGAAGGUUUGGCUUGUGGACUCGAAGGGUCUGAUCGUUAGAUCCCGCCUAGAUUCACUCCAGCAUUUCAAGAAGCCGUGGGCCCAUGAGCACGAACCUGUUAACGAAUUCUUGGAAGCUGUCAAGGCAAUCAGGCCAACGGUGUUGAUUGGAUCAUCAGGAGCAGGACAGACGUUUACUAAAGAAGUUGUUGAAGCGAUGGCGUCUUUUAAUGAGAAACCUAUUAUUCUCGCUCUUUCUAACCCAACUUCACAAUCGGAAUGUACUGCUGAACAAGCUUAUACGUGGAGUGAGGGUCGUGCCAUCUUUGCCAGCGGGAGUCCAUUUCCCCCUGUUGAAUACAACGGAAAAGUCUACGUAUCUGGCCAGUCCAACAAUGCAUACAUAUUCCCUGGAUUUGGUCUCGGCUUGAUAAUUUCUGGUGCAAUCCGUGUUCAUGAUGACAUGCUUUUAGCAGCCUCCGAGGCUCUGGCUGAACAGGUUACACAGGAGCAUUUUGACAACGGGCUAAUAUAUCCACCGUUCACCAACAUUCGCAAGAUUUCCGCUCAUAUUGCAGCGAAGGUGGCAGCAAAAGCAUAUGAACUUGGUCUUGCAAGUCGUCUUCCACAACCGGAAAAUUUGGUAGCUUAUGCCGAGAGCUGCAUGUACAGCCCGAGUUACCGCAACUAUCGUUAGAUGUGGCAUGGAAUCUUGAUACCGGUAGCGGUCAUUUUAGAGAGUUUUUCGGAAUGUUGUAAUUUAGGUAUACCUGUGUGUACGUGCGUGCGUCGUUCGUUAACAUGAGUUCUAAGAAGUGAGAUCUCAGUGAUUGUACCUUUGAUUGCUGAGUAAAUGAAAUUGCAACUUCUAUUUUGAUAACUAA